AUGGAUCUUGCAGAACCCGAGAUUAUCGACGAGUAUCCGUCGGACAUCUGGCUGCGCAUCUACUCCUACACGCUUAAGCCAUUAAAAGACCAGGGAAUCAACACGUUCGGUUGUCAGCAUCCUUUCACUUCCCACGCAUUCCAGUAUCGAUCAACUCUACAACUAUGGCUCCUCGUGGUCCUCGUACUCCUCGUGCUCCUCGUGCUCCUCGUACUACCCGCCUUACAUUUCCAGCUCAACGAUGCGGAGUUCGAGUCCACAUAUCGAACACCGAUCUUGCCACUCUUUUAG